AUAAACAACAGACUUGGUCACAGGAAAGGCAGCUCUCAGUUGCUUUGGUGAGACAUACAGAUACUGGUUGACAUCUCCCAGAGAAUAAACAUGUUCGAGGCUGAGAGAUUUAUUAAGCUACUGCUGCAGCUUUGCAUGGUCAAGGUGGGCGAGAUAGGCAAGUAUUUGGGGAAGAUUAUUGGUUGCAUUAGCUUCAGUGGGAGAUGGAUUUCCCGGAGAGAGAAUAGGAACAAGGGGAAAGAGCCGGACCAGAGCGUGAUUCCUACCAGUGUGAAUUAUCACUUCACUCGGCAGUGUAACUACAAGUGUGGCUUCUGCUUCCACACUGCCAAGACAUCCUUCGUGCUGCCGCUGGAAGAAGCUAAGAGAGGGCUGCAACUACUAAAGGAAGCUGGUAUGGAAAAGAUCAACUUUUCUGGAGGAGAACCUUUUCUACACAAUCGUGGGGAGUUUGUGGGGAAGCUGGUACAGUACUGCAAACAAGACCUCCAACUGCCGAGUGUCAGCAUUGUCAGCAAUGGAAGCCUGAUUACGGAAAAAUGGUUUAAAAACUAUGGUGAAGAUCUGGACAUCUUGGCUGUUUCUUGUGACAGUUUUAAAGAGGAUACCAAUCGCCUGAUAGGCCGUGGACAAGGAAAUAAAAAUCAUAUCAAGAACCUCCUGAAAGUCAGACAGUGGUGCAGAGAUUACAGAGUAGCUUUUAAAGUCAACUCUGUUGUUAACACAUUUAAUUUUGAAGAGGAUAUGAAUGAGCAGAUCAGGAUGCUGAAUCCAGUGCGAUGGAAGGUAUUUCAAUGCUUGUUGAUUGAUGGGGAAAAUGCUGGAGAAGACGCCAUUAGACAUGCAGCAACAUACGUAAUCAGCAAUGACGAUUUUAAUCGGUAUUUGGAUCGGCACAAAGGGAUUGAGUGCCUUGUGCCUGAAUCCAAUGAGAAGAUGCGAGACUCUUACCUCAUCCUUGAUGAAUAUAUGCGUUUCCUGGACUGCACCAAAGGCAGAAAAGAUCCAUCUAAAUCCAUCCUGGACGUCGGUGUUGAAAAUGCUAUUACAUUCAGUGGAUUUGAUGAAAAAAUGUUCUUUAAACGAGGGGGAAAAUACUUGUGGAGCAAAGCUGAUAUGCGCUUGGAAUGGUGAUCAGUUGUUGCAUAUAGAACUUGUAUAUUGGCCAAUAGUAUUCAUCCUUUCUGUAAGUGCUGUACGACUGAUUAAGAUUAGUGCCUCUUAGUUUUGUACAAAGCAAAUUAGUCCAUACGUUUAAUAUUUUAAGCAUUCGUUUUUUAAAAUUUUCUAAGGCAAUGCAUUUACCUUUUCUAGUACAUUAAAAUUAUAAGCUAAUUACUGACCAGAUUGAAAUUGUAUUUCUUCUCCUAACACAAAAUUGCAAUGAAAUUUAGACCUUAUAUUAUAGCACCAAAGCAAGUAUAAGUUUUUUGUUUUGAACCGUCUUCUAAUUGUUUCAGAAUACCGUUGAAUUUAAAGAAGGAAUUGAAUAUCUAGACUCAAUACCUGGGCUAUAUUUCUUUCACUCCAGCUAAGAAAUGGACUUCAGGGUUAAAUUUUUGUAAUGUGAUGUAUUUUCUAGUGCACAUUAUAUGGUGUGGAAACACCACUAAAUUAGCCACAGGAUUUUUCAUAACAUUUCUGGGGUCACGCUGCCCUUUAUUACUGUGUGUUAAGAGAAAUUGAUUUAUUUGUUAUUCCCACUUCCUGAUUUGAAUGGUCACUUCUGUAUAUCAACCAAGUCCAGCUAUAUUAUUUCAGACAUUCUUUGGCUGUAAAAUCAGUUUAAAAACUGUGCUUCCUUUCACUUCCAAAAAACGAUGGUUCAGAGAGACAGAAAAUAUAUUUUGUACUUAGAAGUUAGAAAUGAAAAAAGUGAAAGGUGGUAGCAAAAUAAGUAAAAAGAAGAGUAAGUUUAAAUAGAAAGAUAACAGUGACAUAACAAGCAUAGAGUUUUUAUUAAAUGCAUAUUUUAAUAUAUUUUUUAUAUGUUUUAUGUAUUUUAGUCAUUUUUAAAAGUCACACGAUCAAAUUGAUUUGUAUUUCAAACUUUAAUAUGAAUUUAAACAUUUUUUAAACCAUAAAUGAAUAGUUCUGUGAAUAUUUUAUAUUUGUUUAUUUAAAUGCUAUGGGCCUAUUUACCAAAGUUAAGACUCAUACAGUAUAAAACAAACUAUGAUAUAAAAUCCGAUCAAAUACAAAAACUGCAACUAAAUGAGAUGAAUGUUACUAGAUUUGUCCUUUUCUUCCCCGGUUUACUUCGUGAAUUUUUCAAAUAUGCAAUUAAUUGGUGUGUCAUUGUUACAACUUUUUAAAAAUCUGUCAGACAUUAAUUUGUUUGGGUCUUCUCAGCAUUAUGUGAAACAUUUAUGCAUUUACAUGUUGGUAAAUAAAAUUUGGUUUUAACAGGUGAAAAUACCUUUUCUUCCCC